CAAAAUGGUAGCAGGCAUCGAACGCCAGUAGCAGCAGAGUGGGGAAAAGUGCACAUAAAAUAAGAAACUAGUGAAGACGUUUUUCUUUGUACAAUUUUUUACGGUCAAUCCAUCAGGAAAGUUGUCACCGCCCCACCGCCCGAUAUUAAUAACCAAACUAAACAAACUAUCUUAGCCAGUUAUUUCUUUUCAAAUGAUUAUUUAUUAUCUCGUCCGGUAAAACUGUUUACUUGCCAAGUUGCAAAGUUUUAGUAUAAACAAAUUUUAUCGACUUUUAUUAAUAAAUAAUCGGAGGUACGAGCCGGCGCAUCGCGACUGGCCGCGAGCAGUUGAAACCCGACAACACGCAAGCUCGCCACAGACCACUAUGCUCGUCAUGGAACUGAAGAUAAUCGAAGCAGCGAAAAACGUGAUCAAAGAGAUACGCAAAGAGGAGGUGAUGGCAAUAAAAACCAGAUUUCCCAACAAAGUACCUGUGAUAGUCCAAAGAUUCCACAAGGAGAGGUAUCUUCCCCAAUUGGAAAAGACGAAAUUCCUGGUACCCCAAGAUAUAACGAUGUCACAGUUUCAAACCAUAAUAAGGAACCGCAUAAGAAUCUCUAACCCGAACCAAGCCAUGUAUCUACUAAUCAACGAACGUUCAAUGCUGAGCAUGUCUUUGACCGUGGGUGAAGCUUACAGCGAAUUUUCGGGGCCCAGCGGAUUUUUGCACAUCACGUACGCCUCUCAGGAAGUUUUUGGGAGUGACCUCAGGAACUGAACAUCGCGGGUUGCGACGGAUUGUGCUACGUACCAUUAUGUUCUAUGACCAAGUGUCCAUAGUGAAGAAAAAAUUGGUUGUAAUGAGAUACAAGACUGGAUUUUGUAAGUGAGAUAUAUCGCGCCUUUCUAAAAUGUGUACUUAACAAUAUUUUACAUUUAACUGUCUCUAAAGAGACAACUAUGUAGCUUUUUACGUUACAUUAUUACUGUACAACUUUGUUAAUAAAAAUAAAGUUUGUUUUUAGACAAAAUCCCUCUCAAAAAAUUUUAAAUAAUGAUACCCAUGUACCAGACCAGGAUAGUACCUGCCAUUGAAUUAAAUAUUGAAAGGUCAACAUUUAGGUAGGUAGUUUUAAUCGAAUCCCUUCUGGCAAGCAGAAAUUAUUAACAAAAUAGGCCGCUUAAAAAAAGUAUGCCUAAAAACAUAUGAC